AUGCUUUGUUGAAGAUAAAUUUAUUCUCCAUGAAAAGGAUGCUGAAAAGAACAAAAUGGAAAUCAAAUUUAUUGAUGUUUAUCCAUCACUUAUUUCCGCUUGUGAUGAAAAUACAUGAUGAUAAAUUAUACUUUAUCGAUAUCUAUUUAAGCACAGAAGAGAAGUUGGUUCACUUAAGAGAGACUUCUAUAGGACAAUAUACACAUUUCUUCAGUUUCAUGCCUAUCCGAUAUCCAUUGAGUUUGGUCAGAGGCCUCAUGAAUAGAGCAAGAAAGAUCUCCAUCAAUGAUUCCGUAGAAUAUGAAUUAGGAUACAAAACAUGUAGUUCAGCGAGGAGUAUCUUUUCGGCGAAUUCAUUCACUUAACUGCAGAAUCCAAAUUAUGUGCGGUUAUUUUUUGCAUGUGUUUGCAAAUUUGGUUCUUCCAAAUGAAUGGCUAAGGAAAUGAAGGCGUAUUGCCUUUGGUAGGUUAUUCUUCACUUUGUAGAUUACUCUGAAUUAGGCGUUUGUUGAUAUGGAAUGGUCAGUGUUGACAAGAUGUUCGA